AUACGACAAUUAUUGGGAAAUUCGCCGGCCUCUCUCAGCCUUAUAAAAGCAGCUGGAGUCAAACCUUCAGCAGGAUUUAGACAGAGGCUCAACCAAGGUGUUCAGGAAGAUGUCUUCCACUGUACUGUGUUCUGUUGUUUUUCUGGCUUGUGCCUUGACUCUUAGUGCUGCUCAGACAAGCUGCAAAGGACGAUGUGGUGGCGAGUACUACAGGGGUUACACUUGUCAGUGUGACUAUACCUGCCUGAGUUAUGGAGAAUGCUGCAAAGAUUAUGAAUCAAAAUGCACCACAACAAACUCGUGUAAAGGUCGGUGUGGAGAAACCUUCAAGAGAGGCCGGCUGUGUAACUGUGACCCUGAUUGCUUCAAGUACAAUCAGUGUUGUUCAGAUUUCAAGACUCACUGUGAUGCAGAAGAAGAAAUCAAUGGAGCAGCCAAUGUAGCAGCACCAUGCAAUAAUGUAAAAGAUAACAAACCCAAAGAGCCAACUCUGAAUGAAGCAACGGAGGACCCAUUAAGCAAUGGAGACAACACAGAUGACGAUUUAAUUCCACAGGCCAAUCCGUCAUCAUCUCCACAAGAUGAUCCCAGUGAUGAUAUAUCCAGCCAGAUACUUCCCAAUGAUGAAUUUUCCAACAAUGGACCAGAGGAUUCGAAGGCAAGUCCUACCCCAGAGAGCACCAGCGACAACGGAUCCCCUCCAGCUGACCUGCUGGAUCAAAUUACUACUGAACCCACGCUGCAUAAAGACAACCCAGAGUUGAGCACAGAGACAGUUACAGUCCUCUCUCAGACACAGACGACUCCUUCAGAUAACGAACCAACAAAGGCCGAUACUGACUCCCCCAAUGAGAGCACAGAUGUAAGUGAUCCUGAGAUGUCCACCACCUCACUGGACUCAGGGACAACUCUUUCUCCAUCCUCCACAGCAGUUCAGCAGGUCUCCAGCCAGCCUGCUUCAACCUCAGUACCUGAAACAGAGCCCACAGCCAACACCCCAGAGCUGGAGACAGAAGAGCUGGCACAGAAUGCAGAUCCAACUGAAGCCUCCACCACCACCUCCAGCCCACCUGUAGCUUCAGUAUCCACAGAACUCACCAAGGACUCCUCCACAGCCUCAGAAGACUCUCAGGUCACCACCACCUCUGCCUCUACAACGCUGGACCCAACACCCAUCCCAGAGGCAACCACUUCAAACACAGAGCCAGACGUUACUGAGCACAACUCCGACGACGUCACAACAGGCCCUUCCUCUUCUCUGCCGGACGUUCAAGAUCCUUCCACCGGUGUUUCUCCAGCAGCAGAGCUUGAUUCCCUGACGACCCAUGCUCCCUCACUCACAGAUGCAGCAAAGAGUGACACGACAGAUGAUGUCACCACAGGAGAAACCACUGCUGAUCCACCAAUAGUCACCCCAGAACCAACUAAACCCCAACCAUCAGAAGCCACCUCAAAACCUCAGGUCAAACCUGACCCACACAAGCCACUGCCAACUAAACCCACCUCCAAACCUGAGACUAAACCUCUGGAUACUCUGAACACAGACAACCCUAGAGACUACCAAGGGGAUGACAGCAAUGAUACAAACCUGUGUAGCGGGCGGCCAGUCGGUGCAGUCACCACACUGAAGAACGGCACAGUGGUGGUUUUUAGAGGGCACUACUUCUGGUCUCUGGAUAGAAACAAGGUGCCAGGUCCAGCCCGUGGCAUCACACAAGUGUGGGGCGUCCCAUCCCCCAUUGACACUUCAUUUACCCGUUGCAACUGCCAGGGCAAAACAUACAUUUUCAAGGGACCUCAGUACUGGAGAUAUGAAAAUGAUGUUUUGGACCCUGGUUAUCCAAAAGCAAUUCAAACAGGCUUUGAUGGGCUUCGGGGCCACAUCACAGCUGCUCUGUCUGUGCCUCAGUAUCGAAGAAGGAGAGAGGCGGUCUACUUCUUCAAGAGAGGGGGAUCGGUCCAGAAAUAUUCAUACCAGUUUGGUACCAGUCCAACAUGUGGCAGGAAAGUCCAGCACAUCACAGUUCACACAGUCCGCAACCGAGUGGCUCGACAAGCAGUGUCUCUCUUAGGGCCAACAAUCAGCAUCCAGCAAUCCUGGAAAGGUUUCCCCUCCACCAUCACAGCUGCUGUGUCCGUCCCGAGCACCAGAGAACCAGAGGGAUACAAAUACGUCGUCUUCUCUAGAUCCAAAUCCUACAACGUUAGGAUAGACGGUGAACGUCCUGUCGUCGCUCCCCCUAAAGCCAACACGUCACCUCAGAGCAACGAAGUCUUCAAAUGCCCGAAGAAAGUCUGAACACCACAGACUGUUCUAAAGAAGUUGUCUUCCACAUUCUUGUUUUUAAAGUUUAAUACAUUCUUCAUAAAACACAUCGCUUCAGCAUAGACUGAUCAGAAAAGGUACUUUCUAAGUACAUUAAAAAAAAAACAAUAGUCAAACAAAAGAAAAAACAGGCUUCAGAGCAAUUGAACAUUAUCAAGACU